AUGCGGAUGGCAAGCAUAAUCCGGCACAUGGCACUUCUCGUCAUGGUGCUGGGCACAUGGUUCACCCUGCAGAUGUACUUUGAUCGGCGCUGGAAAGCCGUCAGCCUGCGGAGCUGGCUUGGUGCCACCAACAAGCCCAGCAGCGAGCAGCUGCCCCCGAACAAGUGCAGGAUCCAGAAGAGCUGCCCUCAGAACCAUUUUGCCUUCAAGAUCAUCAGUGGUGCCGCAAACGUGGUGGGACCCUCCAUCUGCUUCAACGGCAUGAUCCUCAUGAGCAGUGUGAAAAACAAUGUUGGCAGAGGCCUGAACAUCGCACUGGUGAACGGAACAAGUGGGCAGCUCCUGAAAGCUGACACAUUCGACAUGUACUCUGGAGACGUUAACCAACUGGAUACCUUCCUCCAAGAGAUCAAGCACGGCACCAUCGUGCUGACAGCCAGCUACGAUGAUGCUGCCACAAAGAUGAACGACAAAGUACGGGCACAUUUUGUGGAGCUGGGCAGCAGCCACGUGAACAAGCUGGGCUUCCGGGACAACUGGGUCUUCUUGGGAGCAAAAGGACUGAAGAACAAGAGUCCCUUUGAAGAGCUCAUCAAAAAUAAUGAGAAGACAAAUAAAUACGAUGGCUGGCCUGAGCUGCUGGACAUGGAGGGCUGUGCCCCCAGGAAGAUGGAUUAG